AUGUCCGGGGCUUCAGUGAAAGUUGCUGUCCGAGUGCGCCCCUUCAACUCAAGGGAGACCAGCAAAGAAUCAAAAUGCAUCAUUCAGAUGCAAGGGAACUCCACCACUAUAUUGAAUCCCAAAAACCCAAAAGAGUCACCAAAGUCCUUCAGCUUUGAUUAUUCUUACUGGUCACACACCUCGCCGGACGACCCCAGCUUCGCCUCCCAAUCCCGUGUGUACAAUGACAUUGGGAAGGAGAUGCUGCAGCAUGCCUUCGAAGGCUACAAUGUUUGCAUCUUUGCUUACGGCCAGACUGGAGCUGGCAAAUCUUAUACGAUGAUGGGGAAACAGGAAGAAGGACAGGAAGGAAUCAUCCCUCAGCUCUGUGAAGAACUCUUCGAGAAAAUCAAUGACAACAACAACGAAGAGAUCUCGUACUCAGUGGAGGUGGCGUAUAUGGAGAUAUACUGUGAACGAGUGCGGGACCUGCUGAACCCUAAAAACAAAGGGAACCUGCGUGUGAGGGAACAUCCUCUGCUCGGGCCAUAUGUCGAAGAUUUGUCUAAACUAGCUGUCACCUCUUACACAGACAUCGCUGACCUCAUGGAUGCUGGUAACAAGGCCAGAACGGUCGCUGCCACAAACAUGAAUGAGACCAGCAGCCGCUCCCACGCUGUCUUCACCAUCGUCUUCACCCAGAGGAGGCACGACAGCGAGACAGAUCUGUCCACAGAGAAGGUCAGCAAAAUCAGCCUGGUGGACCUGGCAGGCAGCGAGCGCGCUGACUCGACUGGGGCCAAAGGCACCAGACUGAAGGAGGGAGCAAACAUCAACAAAUCGCUGACGACCCUGGGGAAGGUGAUUUCUGCCCUUGCUGAAGUGGAUAACUGUACCAGCAAGAGCAAAAAGAAAAAGAAGACCGAUUUCAUCCCUUACCGAGACUCUGUGCUGACGUGGCUUCUAAGAGAGAAUUUAGGUGGAAACUCAAGGACAGCUAUGGUGGCUGCUCUGAGCCCUGCUGAUAUUAACUAUGAUGAGACUCUAAGCACCCUGAGAUAUGCUGACCGAGCCAAGCAGAUCAAGUGCAAUGCUGUGAUCAACGAAGACCCCAACGCCAAGCUGGUGCGUGAGUUGAAGGACGAGGUGACACGGCUGAAGGAGCUACUCCGGGCCCAGGGACUUGGCGACAUCCUGGACAUCGAGCCAAUGGGGGAUGAUUACUCUGGAAGUGGAAGCAAAUACCUGAAAGAUAUUCACAACAAUAAGCAUAGAUACUUGCUAGCCUCAGAGAACCAACGGCCUGGCCAUCUCUCCACAGCGCCGAUGGGGUGCCUGACAGCAUCGCCGUCGUUGGGCUCUCUGUGCAGCCAGGCUGGCCUGCAGUCCGUCUCCAGCAUCCAGGAACGCAUCAUGUCCACUCCUGGUGGAGAGGAGGCCAUCGAAAGGCUCAAGGAAUCAGAGAAGAUUAUAGCAGAGCUGAAUGAGACCUGGGAGGAGAAGCUGAGGAAGACAGAGGCCAUCCGCAUGGAGAGAGAGGCUCUGUUGGCAGAGAUGGGUGUCGCCAUCCGGGAGGACGGGGGAACCCUUGGUGUCUUCUCUCCUAAAAAGACCCCUCACCUGGUUAACCUGAACGAGGACCCACUCAUGUCGGAAUGUCUGCUCUACUACAUCAAAGACGGAAUCACAAGGGUGGGUCAGGCAGAUGCAGAGAGAAGGCAAGAUAUAGUUUUGAGUGGAGCGCACAUCAAAGAGGAGCACUGUGUCUUCCGCAGCGAAAGGAACGCCAAUGGGGAUGUGAUUGUAAUGCUUGUACCAUGUGAGGGAUCAGAGACAUACGUGAAUGGCAAGCGUGUAACUGCUGCAGUCCAGUUGCGCUCAGGUAACCGUAUCAUCAUGGGAAAGAACCACGUAUUCCGCUUUAACCACCCUGAGCAGGCACGUGCUGAACGAGAAAAGACUCCAUCAGCCGAGACCCCUGUGGAACCUGUAGACUGGACCUUUGCCCAGAGAGAGCUGCUGGAGAAGCAGGGCAUUGACAUGAAGCAGGAGAUGGAGAAGAGGCUUACUGAGAUGGAGAUCCUCUAUAAAAAAGAGAAGGAGGAGGCAGAUCAACUGCUUGAGCAACAGAGACUGGUCUACGAGAGCAAGCUUCAGGAACUGCAGAAACAAGUGGAGACUCGCUCACUGAUAGCAGAAACUCCUGAUGAAGAGGAAGAGGAGGAAGAAGAGGACGAAGUGCCAUGGACGCAGCAUGAAUUUGAGCUUGCUCAGUGGGCCUUCAGGAAGUGGAGAUACCAUCAGUUCACAUCAUUAAGAGACCAGCUAUGGGGGAAUGCAGUGUAUCUGAAAGAAGCCAAUGCCAUCAGUGUGGAGCUCAAGAAGAAGGUCCAGUUCCAGUUUGUGCUGCUGACAGACACACUGUAUUCUCCACUCCCGCCGGAGCUGCUGCCUUCUGAGCCGGAGAAGGAGCGCAGCUCCAGGCCUUUCCCUCGUACUGUGGUGGCUGUGGAGGUCCAAGACCUGAAGAAUGGAGCCACUCACUACUGGUCCCUGGAGAAACUCAAGCAGAGACUGGAUCAGAUGCGAGAGAUGUAUGACCGCGCAGGAGAAAUGGCCUCCUCCAAUCCAGAGGAGGGGGAAGGGCCUCUGACCGGCAGUGACCCCUUCUAUGACCGUUUCCACUGGUUCAAGCUAGUUGGAAGCUCACCUAUCUUCCACGGAUGUGUGAACGAGCACCUGGCUGACCGCACGCCCUCACCUACCUUCUCCACGGCCGACUCGGAUGUCACAGAGCUGGCUGAUGAGCGGCAGAGUGAGAUGGAGGAUUUCAUGGAUGAAGAAGCCUUUGUGGAUGACACCAGCUCGGACGCUGGCACCGAGGAGGGCUCGGACAUCUUCAGCGAUGGCCAGGACCCCUUCUAUGACCGCUCUCCCUGGUUCACUCUUGUGGGCAGAGCUUUCGUGUACCUGAGUAACCUGCUGUACUCUGUGCCUCUGGUGCACCGCGUCGCUAUAGUGACAGAGAAAGGGGAGGUGCGAGGCUUCCUGCGUGUUGGGGUCCAGGCCAUCGCAGCUGAUGAGGAGGCUCCUGAUUAUGGCUCUGGUGUGCGUCAGUCUGGCACUGCCAAAAUCUCUUUUGAUGAUGAGUAUUUCAAGAAGACUGACUUCUCUUCUGUGGCUAUGACCCGUUCUGGUCUCUCUUUGGAGGAGCUGCGUAUUGUGGAAGGCCAAGGUCAAAGCUCAGAGGUCAUCACCCCCUCAGAAGAGAUGAACAGAAUAAAUGAAAUGGACCUAAAGUUGGGGAACGUGGACACUAAGCUGGGGCGAUCGGAGGGUCUGGCUGGCCAGCUGGAGGUGGGCAGUAUCUUUACCUUCCGCGUCACCGUACUGCAGGCUGCUGGCAUCCUGCCAGAGUACGCAGACAUCUUCUGCCAAUUCAACUUCCUCCAUCGUCAUGAUGAGGCCUUCAGCACUGAGCCACUAAAGAACACAGGCAAAAGCGCCCCGCUGGGCUUCUACCACGUGCAGAACAUUUCCGUGGAAGUCACAGAGUCCUUUAUCGAGUACAUCAAGUCCAAACCCAUUGUGUUUGAAGUGUUUGGACAUUACCAGCAACAUCCACUGCACAGUCAUGGGCAGGAUGUGGCCAGCCCACCACAGCCUUCUAAGAAAUACUACCCCCCACCCAUGCCUCUGUCCAAACCAGUGCCAGCCACCAAGCUGAACACCAUUAGCAAGUCAAACCUGGGCCAAUGUGUGAGCAAGUAUGACCUGCUGGCCUGGUUUGAGAUCAGUGAGCUAGAGCCAACUGGAGAGUAUAUUCCAGCAGUAGUUGACCACACUGGAGGAUUGCCCUGCAAUGGCACUUACCUACUGCACCAGGGCAUCCAGCGCAGAAUCACUGUCACGCUCAUCCACGAGAAGGGCAGUGAGCUUCACUGGAAGGACGUCAGGGAGUUGGUGGUUGGUCGGAUCAGGAGCAAGCCAGAAGUGGAUGACACUGCUGCAGACGCAGUGCUCUCUCUCAACAUCAUCUCAGCCAAAAACAUGAAAUCCUCCCAUAACACAAACAGAACAUUCUAUCGGUUUGAGGCCGUGUGGGACAGCUCUCUGCACAACUCUCUCCUGCUCAACCGUGUCACCCCCUAUGGAGAGAAGAUUUAUAUGACCCUGUCUGCAUACCUGGAGCUUGACCACUGCAUCCAGCCUGCCAUCAUCACCAAAGAUAUCUGCAUGGUGUUCUACUCUAGAGAUGCCAAGAUCUCUCCUCCACGCUCUCUGAGGAAUCUGUUUGGCAGUGGAUACUCUAAAACACCUGACUGCAACAGAGUGACGGGUAUCUAUGAGCUCAGCUUGUGCAAGAUGGCCGACACAGGAAGCCCAGGCAUGCAGAGGCGGAGACGGAAGGUUCUGGACACAUCAGUGGCAUAUGUGCGAGGAGAAGAGAACCUGGCUGGCUGGAGGCCCAGAGGGGACAGCCUGAUCCUAGAGCACCAGUGGGAGCUGGAGAAACUUGAGCAGCUGCAUGAGGUGGAGAAAACGCGUCACCUGCUGCUGCUGCGGGAGAAGCUGGGGGAGGCAGUUCCUCAGAAGUCCGUGAGUGAGUCUCUCUCUCCCAGCCUAAGCAGCGGCACCCUCAGCACCUCCACCAGCAUCUCUUCCCAGAUCUCCUCCACCACCUUUGAGAGUGCCAUCACACCCAGCGAGAGCAGUGGAUAUGACUCCACUGACAUCGAGAGCCUGGUGGACCGCGAAAAAGAACUGGCCACCAAGUGUCUCCGUCUUUUGACCCACACCUUCAACAGUGACUACAACCAGCUGUGCAACAGCAUCAGUGACUGCAAGUUGUCUGAUAUCUCCCCCAUGGGUCGAGAUCCAUCAGUCACCAGCCUCAGCAGUGCCACCCUCACCCCCUCCUCCACCUGCCCCUCACUGGCAGACUCCCGCUGUGGCUCAGUGGACCAGAAGACUCCUGAGGCUAAUUCCCGUGCCUCCAGCCCAUCCUGCUCUGACUAUGAGAACUUCCCCAUGGUGCCCACCCUGGAGACGUCCUACUUGGCCCGUGCCGGCAAACACGAGUUCCUCAACCUGGUGCCCGAUAUUGAGGAGAUGAGGACUGGGUCUGUGGUGUCUAAGAAAGGAUACUUGAGCUUCAUGGAGCCCCGCUCUAACUCUUGGGUGAAGCACUUUGUGGUGGUGCGCCGGCCAUACGUUUUCAUCUACAACAGUGAUAAGGACCCAGUGGAGAGAGGUGUGCUGAACCUGUCCACUGCACAGGUGGAGUACAGUGAAGAUCAGCAGGCCAUGCUCAAGACUCCCAACACAUUUGCUGUGUGCACCAAGCACAGAGGAAUUCUCCUCCAGGCCAACAAUGACAAAGACAUGAAUGACUGGCUGUAUGCUUUUAAUCCGCUGCUAGCAGGAACAAUAAGAUCAAAACUGGCGAGAAGACGCUCUGGUUUGAUGAAGAACUGAACAGGCUUGUCUGUGUGCAGAGAUAGUGCUCUGUUUCUUUUGCCUAGCCUUUGAACAUACCAAGUGUUAACACUUAUUAAUCUUUGUGAUUCUUGAUGGUUUUCUCUUGUAUGUAGACCUGUGGCUUAAGUCUCCUCUCCAGCAAACGAAACUUUUUGAGUUCCUGAAAGCCCACUUUCCCCUUCUCCCUCCUCUCUUCCUCUCCCAGCCUUUUGCUAUUUCGUUCAGAUUCGUUCCGUCUUAAGUUUUCGUUCUUUGUCAUAACGGAACCUUCUUCUAGUAGCAUGUCGUAAUAGUCUGUUUGUGUGUGCACGAUUCUUCAGAACAGUUUCUCUUCUCUCUUGAGUUAACUACUCGUCUGUAAAGAUUGUCUUUAUCAGUGUUAUCUGUUGAGUCAGGUACAUUUUUCCCGCAUGGCGACAGCAGCAGUCCUCAGGAUAUGACCAGUUUGCUUACAAAGCCACACACCAGUGAAGUUAGAUAAAAGACAUUAUGUUAAUAGGUGAAACUAAAUAUUUCUCUCAUAGAACAAAAAUUAGCUCAAUAUUUUUUACACUAGUGAGUAGAUGACCCAACAUUGGAAAAGAAUGAGACCUAGAUGGGCUAAGGCGUUUUCCUGAAGUAAAAAGUUGCCUAGUAUGACUAAAUCUGGAAGAGAGCGCCACAACCCCCCCCCCAAUCAUGAGUAUUAUUGCAGUAACAGAUGAACAUACUGUUGAAUGAAGACGUGUUUGAUUGAGACACCGUGUUUUAUUGUCAGGCACUGGUUAUCACUGGCCCAUAUCAGGCAGUGCUUUAGCACAGUGUGUUUGCUUGUUAUAAAUGAAUUCUACAUAAUGAGGAGAUGAGACAUACCCAUUUGUAAAGAUACCUUACCAUGUAGCACUAGGGGAGGAUAUAUGAGAAGAGAACACUCAGUUCAGCUGCUCUGUGUUCUUCAGAAGAUGUAACAUUUAAAAAAAGAAAAGAAGAAAGGGAAAAAGAACAUCAGAUCACUGGCACAGAACAGAGCAAAGUGACAGGCCUAAGAUAAAGGUCAUUUGUACAUACUUUUCAGGAUUACUAUGCUUAAUGCUACUCAUUAAGAACAAGAGACAUUCCUUUUGUGCUGAAAUGUUGUCCACAUUAUCCUAUAUUUUUUGCAGGACCACAGAGGUUAUUUUAGCCAGAGGGAUUCAGUGGCCACAGGUUUGCUUAUAGGCAGUUUGAGAGUGUGACUUGAGAGUGGUUCUUAUAUUGUAGGUUACUUUAAGUAGUAAUCUGCUUCAUUCAGUGAUUUAUUGUGGCCAGGGAGUCCCUCAGUAGUGUGCUGUGACAGGGACGGUGGGCUGCCUCUUUGGCAUUCCCUCAAAAAACUGCUACAGAGCAGGAGAUCCAUGAACUUAACAUUGUUAACUAAUCUAAUUAUUGUUUCUCUGUUGUGUGCAUUAACUUAUUAUUAUUAUUAUUAUUAUUAUUAUUAUUAUUAUUAUUAUUAUUAUUAUUUUAUUUCUAAUGAUCAUUGUUUUAUAAUAACUACUUGUUAAAAAAAAGAUGAAGGUUGUAUAAGAAGGGCAUUUUUCCUUUUUAUCCAGCUAAACGUUUUGCACAUUAACAUGUCACAAACAAAACACAGCUUGACCACUGAAGGAGCUUUCGGUCUCAGCACUGUCAGUACAAAGUGGACUUUGUUUUAAAAGCUUGACUGCAGUGAUGUUUCUUAGGUGUUUUGCAGUGUAAAGCAUAGAAAAGGGACUGGAUAUGCUCUGAUGCUUCUUAAUUUAUUACUAUGAAAAUAUUUGCUCUGUAUGCCAUAUCUUUGAAAUAGGAAACAACAAAUUUUAGUGCAUCAGCCUUUGCCUUUCAUUUAUGCUGCAGCGUGAGAGACGUGUGAGUGAAUGGUACAGUAAGCCUCUGGCCAACCAACCAGCAGGUUACCUGCUCCACGUAAACUCAAAAAAAAAGAAAUGGAAGGAACAGCUGUUUAUAUGCAUAUCCAGUGUAGCCAAGUCAAAAUAAUGACUGCUAGAUGUUCUCCUGUGGCUCAGAUGGCGUCUGAAAGCUUUUUCACAGAUAAUAAAUGAAAAUGGCUGAAAUGAUCACGUUCUCAGGUCAGCCAGCCCGAGCAACCAUGUCUUUGAGCUGUUUGAUUGUUAUUGAAUCUGCUGAAAAUGUUAUUUGUACACAGAAUUUUAAAUGGCAUGUAUUGAAGGAUGUUGGUUAUUAGACUCAAAUGUAAUCACUGGAAGUAAUUAGCUUGAUGCUUUAUAAAGAGAAUAUGAGUAUGUUAAAAAUUCUUGACAGAGCAAAGAUUUUCACUUUUGUGUGACAUUUCUAAUACAUAGACAUUCAUGAGGAAUUCUGUCUGUAUUUGUUAUUUUGCAAUGUAUAUAUUAGUUUGCAGCUCUUUGCACAUUCUAAGUGGUUAUGAUGACUAACAGAUCAAAUAAAGCCUAAAGUGGGUUUCUGUUGUUUACUCAAAUAUGAACCAAAAGAUGGGGUAAGACCAGACUGUGUGGUGUGGUUACAGAUUGAAGUGGACUUUGAAUGUACCUCUGGGAUGUCACUGGCAAAUAUAUUCACUUACUGGAAUGGUUAAGAAAAAAAAUAUGUUUCACUGUCAUCUUUUUAUCUUUUUAGGAUUGAACCAUUGUAGUGCUUCCUGUUGCUUGUUGUUUUCAUUUAGCCGACCGUUCAACAACACUACUUCAGACAGUUUGACUCCAGGUCUGUACUUCAAAGUUAUUAUGAUGCAGGGAGGGCUACUGUUUAGAUUUAUUUUAAUAAUAUCAGGGAAUCUAUUUUUAGAAAUAAUCCAAAAUUAGUCAUUGCUUAUGCUUACACCAUGUAAUCUUUUUGUUUAAUUUUUCUGUUUCUCAGUCAUCGUAAUGCAUUUUCCCAUGCUGCCUUCAAAAAAACAAGUUCUUCACUCCCUCUUAGAGGCCUCCUUUUAUUAUUAAACUAACAUUCCCACUCAUUUUGUUGAAAAUCAACAACCAAGGCAUUAACACUGUACAUUAUUUGUCAGAUUGGCUUCAUUUUCAUACUUAUUUUGUAAAUAUUACAUGUUGUAUGGAGCUUGAAUUAAAAUGUAAAUAUGUCUCCUGUAUUUGUAAUAAUUAUAAUCCAUUCGCUGUAUAGCCUAGAUGUGUACUGCAGAUAUCUUAAUUCUGUGUAUUGUAAUCUUGCACCAUUGAACUGUUUAGUGAAUGAGGUAACAAUAAAAGUCCAACCAGUGCAUUAGCAGAAUA